AUGGAAAUUCCACGCAGCCUGGAGCGGCCAUGGACACCGCCAGAGAUCGAAGACCGACCAUAUGCUCGCACUCGCCCAAGCCAUCUCAACCUAUAUGGAAAUUCACCCUCGCGAUAUGCUAGGAAAGAGCAGCGUUGGCUAAACGAUACUGACCGUGUGCACGAGCAACCCUCGUGGAUGACCGAAACCUAUAGUCCAAGAACCCCGUUCACAGCCUCACGGCCGAAACUCAGUUCCCGUCUUACCGAACCCCUUCCGUAUACGCCCAAAAAACAGUACCACCUUGACGAGCCAUAUUCACAGCCAAGGGCCGUACCACGCUACCCCUACACGCCUGAUAGCUCCCAAAUAUUGCGUCGACACACUAUUAUCCCUACUUCCCCGCCACCAUGGGACGACUACUCGGAUCCCGCUUUAUCGCCCGUCCAGGAUGCUUUAUCCGCCUGUAUUGCGCAGUUUGAGGAUUUGAUCCAGUCGCAGCAGCCAGACGAAGAUCAGAUGGAAUAUAUUGUAGGGCAAUUUGAGGCCAUGGCAAUGCGUCUUUCAGCUCCAGAAUCGUAUGAGAAUGAAACGGGUACACAGUAUCCUUCACAUUUCAACCAGGGGGCUGGUAUCAUGCACGCAGACGACGGCAAAGAUGACCUUGCCGAAGCAAAAAGGCUGUACCACCAGUCGUAUGUUGCGGAAGUAGGCAACUAUGUCAACAGCGUACAAAAAUACGUUGACGAGCUGCGGAAGCGCCUGGAUGAAGUCAAGACGCUGAAUAGCAUCCAGCUAGAUGUCAUCAAUGACCUGCGUAAACAGAUGAAGACCGUCCGUCAAACUAUGCGCGAGGAGCUCGAAAGAAGUGGCGGUGUCGGUACCGGCGGUGACACUACCGGCGGUAACACCAGUAGCGGUGAAAAAGACUUCAAAAUCGCAAAGAUUGUAGACAUGGAGGAUGAACCGGGACACAACUCACCUCUACGAAACCAAGGAGGAAAAAAAGAACCCGGUAUUAAUGACAAAGCGAUCGAGCACAAAGACGACUCCACAACCAGAAAAUUCGGCAUGAUGGACAGCUGGCAGACCCUUGUCAACGACGACGACGACGAUAUCAGCCAAGACGUAUCCCAGGAAAUCCACAACGAAUACAACAAACUCGUCCGCAGCGCUGUACAUAACCUUACCUCAGAAGACCACGACGGCGAUGAUACUUACCACGCCACCCCUCGUCGUCCUACUGCUGCCACUCCUCCUGUUAUACGCCAAACCAAACGCCGUCUAAUCACCAUUAUCCGCUCGCCUCCUCGACGCAGCUUCUGGGCUUCGAUUGGUGAGGCCCUGGAUGCAAUGUCCGAGUUGUUGCUUGAAGAAUGA